GGCGGCUGGCACGCACCUGCUGUGGCCCGGCGUCUGCAGUGUCUACCUCCUAGCCCAGCAAGUUGCGGGCCCCACGGGGCCUGGGCUGUGGGCCACGGGCCUGGAGAUGGCGUUGGAGCUGCGGUAGCUCGGUUUCUUCUUGGACCAAGAUGACUGAUGGAAACCUUUCCACCUCUAUGAAUGGUGUAGCAUUGAUGGGCAUUCUAGAUGGUCGGCCAGGAGACUCCCUUCAGGACCUGCAACACCUUAGUAUCAAGGCGGCACCCAGAUCCCUUUCAGUGCCUGACUAUGGACCUACACUAAAACUUGGUGCUUUGGAAGAUCGACACAGCCUUCAGUCAGUGGACUCGGGCAUUCCUACCCUGGAGAUUGGCAACCCAGAGCCUGUUCCCUGCAGUGUGGUCCAUGUGAAGAGAAAGCAGUCUGAGUCCGAGAUCAUCCCAGAGCGGGCCUUCCAGAGCGCGUGUCCCUUACCAUCCUGUACACCCUCAGCUCCCUCCUGCAGCGAGAGGGAGCAGGUCGUGCGGAAGUCUUCCACAUUUCCCAGGACAGGCUACGACUCAGUGAAACUCUACAGCCCCACCUCCAAAGCCUUGAGCCGAAGUGACAAUGUCUCUGUCUGCAGUGUGUCUAGUCUUGGCACAGAGCUGUCAACUACGUUGUCGGUCAGCAAUGAGGACAUCCUGGACCUCAUGGUCACGAGCAAUUCCAGCGCCAUUGUGACCCUGGAGAACGAUGAUGACCCACAGUUUACUGACGUCACCCUGAGUUCUAUCAAGGAAACGAGCGACUUACACCAGCAGGAUUGUGUUGCUGAGACUGAGGAGGGGAGGAAAUUGAAACUAUUGCAACCAUUCAGUCACUUCUUUACAAGGAAUUUGCUUGCUAGAAAACAAAAUGCAAGACUUGAUAGACAGAGAGACUUGGGAUGGAAGCUGUUUGGAAAAGUCCCACUCCGAGAGACUGCUCAGAAAGAUUCAAAGAAAACACAAAAGGAAUAUGAAGACAAGGCUGGAAGACCGAGCAGGCCGCCCUCUCCAAAGCAGAAUGUGAGGAAGAACCUGGAUUUUGAGCCACUGUCCACCACAGCGCUCAUCCUCGAGGACAGACCCGCAAAUCUCCCAGCAAAGCCAGCUGAAGAAGCUCAAAAGCAUAGGCAGCAGUAUGAAGAGAUGGUGGUGCAGGCCAAGAAACGAGAGCUUAAAGAAGCCCAGCGGCGGAAGAAGCAGCUGGAGGAAAGGUGCAAGGUUGAAGAGAGCAUUGGAAACGCCGUCCUCACCUGGAAUAAUGAGAUCUUGCCUAACUGGGAAACCAUGUGGUGCUCUAAGAAGGUUCGAGACUUGUGGUGGCAGGGAAUCCCUCCGAGUGUAAGAGGCAAAGUUUGGAGCUUGGCCAUUGGCAACGAGUUGAACAUCACUCACGAGCUCUUUGACAUCUGUCUUGCUCGGGCCAAGGAGCGGUGGCGGUCCCUCAGCACUGGAGGCUCAGAAGUGGAGAAUGAAGAUGCUGGGUUUUCAGCAGCAGACAGAGAGGCCAGUCUGGAGCUUAUUAAACUGGACAUUUCUAGAACAUUUCCCAAUCUCUGCAUCUUCCAGCAAGGUGGUCCAUAUCAUGACAUGUUGCACAGUAUUUUGGGCGCUUAUACUUGUUACCGGCCGGAUGUGGGUUAUGUCCAGGGCAUGUCCUUUAUAGCUGCAGUGUUGAUCUUGAACCUCGAUACUGCAGAUGCCUUUAUUGCUUUUUCUAAUCUUUUGAAUAAACCCUGUCAAAUGGCAUUUUUCCGAGUGGACCAUGGCCUUAUGUUGACUUACUUUGCUGCAUUUGAGGUAUUCUUUGAAGAAAACUUGCCGAAAUUGUUUGCGCAUUUCAAGAAAAACAACUUAACUGCAGACAUCUACCUAAUCGAUUGGAUUUUCACCUUGUACAGUAAGUCCCUGCCCUUGGACUUGGCUUGCCGCAUCUGGGAUGUAUUCUGUCGAGAUGGAGAAGAAUUUCUUUUCCGUACAGCUCUGGGCAUCCUGAAGCUUUUUGAGGAUAUCCUGACAAGGAUGGACUUCAUCCAUAGUGCCCAGUUUCUGACCAGGCUGCCUGAGGACCUGCCAGCAGAUGAAGUGUUUGCAGCUAUCUCCACAGUCCAGAUGCAAAGCCGGAACAAGAAAUGGGCACAGGUGCUGUCUGCAUUGCAGAAAGACAGCCGGGAACUGGAAAAAGGAAGCCCAUCCCUCAGACACUGAGGCUCAGGGGUAACUUCUUCUUACCACUGAAGCAGAGCUCGCCAGGGCACCUGUGUGCUUUCAGACUGAAGCCUGGCAAGAACAGGGCCUCUUUCCACGUUGGAUUUCUGAUGCUGGAGUUGGCCUUACAACAAAACAGAAUUACAUCCAGGUUUAGCCUUAAGCAGCUCAGUGGACCUAUGCACUGGCAUGGGUCAUGGCUAGCUACUGCAUUUUCUCCGUGGGUUCAAGAAAGGGCAGGCUGUCUCCUUGAACCUUUAUUCCAGCAGCAGUUAAUUAAAUUGUGAUGCUAUUAUGCCAACUACUGGAAGGUACAUUACAAUCUUUCUUAGCCAAGAUGCAUGAGAAAUGUUAUUAGGAAACCUUAGAGUUGUUAUUGGCUCAUAGGCUUGUAAGAAAGGAAUUACUUAUUUAGUUACUGAGAUAAUCUUUGCAGAGAUGAAGGGUGUGUUUUAAUCUUGCUACCAAGGACAGGGUGAGGAAGACGGCCCUGGUAGGGCAGUUGCUGGUGAAUGCUCAUAGGCUCCUGAAAAUGCACCUGACUUUUGUGCUGACAUUGACCGUGUUGCCUUGACACAUAGCAGCAAGAAGGCUGAGAGGUCACAUUAGGAUCCUAUUCUCCAAAGUAGCACUCACUGCAUCUUGGGAGCCAUAGUGGUUGGAGCAGUGAAGCCACAUGCUGCAAAGGACAGAGACAGGCCCUGUAACGAGAGAGGUAGGACGAGACUGCAAAGUUUGUUCCUCUCUGACCUGCUAGCUUCUGGGGAUGUUGGACAUGGCAGCCUCUGAAAAUACCAUUGUGUAGGAGAUGGUUUCCGUGCUUUAGCUGAAUGUCCCUUUUUGCCUUUGUCACCUGUGUAGCUGGAUCCCUUCUAAGUGCCAGUGAUUCUCCCCUGUCCUCAUCUGGCUUUAGAUGAGCUUCACACAGUGCUGUGAGGACCGAAGAGUGAGGUAGUCUUCCAGUCUCUGUGUCCUGAGCCCUUCCCAUUGCGGCUGAUCUCUCUCAGCUCAUUGGUGAGCUUCUUGUUGCUCUAGCUUUUCCUUGACUUGAGAACUUUGUAUAAGAAAUUUGAUUAUCUAAAUUCACAGAAAUAAACAAUUUCUACAUAGGACAGUCCAGUAUCUGUGGAAACUGGUUAACUCCUGAUAAUCCACUGGCAUUCUGGUUCCUGAGGGUACAGGUAGGCCAGGGUUGACAACGUAUUUUCCAGCAAAUACCUAUGUGGUCUGUAGUCCACAGCCCGCUACAGCCAUACCUCCACCCCCAGAACUCACCCUCUCUGUCACUGUAGUUUCCAAUAGCUGUGGGGGAGCCCUUGACUGACUACAGCAUGUGGCAAGGAGGCUUGGGUCAGCCUCGUGGCACUGUGUUGCAUGGGUUCCCUUCAUCUAGUGUGCCUGUUGGUGACCGUCUAGUGUAUCCACAGGCUGUCAUAUUUGUGCUAUUCACCCCAUGCUCCCACUUUUUUCUCAUUUGUAGUCUGUGACUUCUUCAGGGAGGCCACAGAGCACCCUCCAUGGAGCUCUCUGCCUUAGUGUGAAAGGCUGAUGUCUGACCUCUUGGAGGAGAAUGUCUGAAGCAGGCAUCCAGUGGCCUCCAGACCCAGCCAUUCCUGACAUCAGAUACUGAAUGUAGCCCAGGCCCAGCUGGCCAUGUGAAGCGCACUACCCAGUCCUGUCUGCUGUCCUUCCUUGCAGAUGUGUACUGAGUUUUCUCCCACAACAUGGGCAUCUGUUCUCUCAAGAUGUAUAUAUUUUCUUACUGUACAUAAAGACAUUCCUUAAGUCAUACAGAAAGUGUUGUGACAAGGGGACUUGGGCACCUUGUUCUGAAUGCCAUUGUGGAAUUCUGUGUGUUCAUAACCCAGCUCUUAACUUUUCUUGUUUGACAUAAAUCUGUGGGCAUGCAUGAAGUUCUCCAACAAGACUCCAUGCCAGCUGAGCACUGACUGCAUCUCUAGUCCAAACAAGGUCUUUAUAGACUGACUGAGACUCGUGUGAGCCUGAUAUGCCCUCCUUCAAGGCUAUACAGUUCCACGUUCCUCUACUUUGAGGGCGUCUCUCAUACUCCUGUUUUGGUAAACUGGAAACUGACCCUGCAGAGGUCUGCACCUCCCACCUCAAUUGCCAUUGACUUUCAGUCCCAAACUUGAGGGUGCUGGACAGUUGGCACUCUGGAGGGAGCUUGCAGAAGAGGCUUCCUGUCACCUUGGGAGCAGUGCUUACUUCAAAGGUACUUCUAACUGCUCAGUUUGUGACUUUUUAAACAGUUUGCCAAUAGGAAACUCCUGAUAACACUUGCUACAUAUCAUGUUUUAAUUGCUUGUACAGUUAACCUUUAAUUUUGUUUAGUAAAGUGUAUCAAACUAGGACUUUUUGAAUUGUAAAUAUGUGGUUUUAUUAAAAUAAAGUCAUGUAAAAUUGUA